AUGGUCUGGGUAGAUCACCAUCAUCAUCGUCAUCUUUUUUCUUGUUGCAGCGAGAAAAGUGUCUCUGACCACUUUUAUUUCUCAAUAAUGUUAGGGUGGGGUCACACCGCUUUACGUGUCUCACGCGUGAGAACGGCGGGGGGCCGCCCGCCGAUCUCACGCAAAGCUAGCAGAUCCUGGCUGGGGAUCCGCGGCUGGCUUUUCUUCGUCGGCCGCCCCACCGGCUCGGCCGAGCUGGAACAUACAGGCGCAUCUUUGGACAAAGUGCCAUGUUUUAAGUAGUUUUUUUUGUUGCUGCGAAUUUUUCAAGCCAUCACGCGCCGCGUUAUUUUUUGCACAUUGUCGCCACGCGUUUUGCUUUGGUGCAUUGAGCAAGGCACACACCAUGCGCGCCACUUGCUGCGUGCGCCGCUUCGCCUAGUAACUAACGCAACAGACACACACAACCUGGCGCUUCGCUGAAACCGACAUAAGAAGCCGCGCGCAAAGUACAGCAAUGCGUCGGGGGCUCUAUUGCGUUGAUUCUCAACGCAGCCCACCUCUCACGAAACAGAAAUGCGCAGCGCCGCCCUAUGUAAUAUUCCCACCGACGCUGUUCGCCACUUUACAGAUAAAGUGGCCCCGAUCCUCGCAUGCUCCUCACAGUCACCGAGCUGGCGCGAGUUGCUACUGUGGGCGCGUGGCUGGCAAUGUAAAGCUUCAAAAAAGCGGCUCCGAUAGUGAUACUUUGCUGAGUGAUGCAUCUUGUUGCCCGUGUCGCCGGGGGGGGGGGCCAGCGGACCAGCCGAUCAAACAAAGCCAGCAGAUCCCCAGGCACGAUCUGCUGACUUUGCGUGAGAUUGGCGGACGGGCGGGCGGCCCCCCGCCGGUCUCACGCGUGAGACACGUGAAGCGGUGUGACCCCACCCUUAUUGGAAGAUGCACACGGACGCGAAUCCUGUUCAAAUGCGAAUAAAGAACGAAAUUACGAGGAACGACUAGGGCAAUCUUGUGGCGAAUUUCCUAAACGACCAGAUACCAGAGUUUGUACGGCCUAAAAAUUGCCGCGCCUACCUUGUUGUUGAGGAGAAAACGAUCUUACUUUUUGAACGCACAUGAGUUUCAAGACAAGCUGGGGAACUAUCAGUAUGAUUUUUUGAAGAAGAAAAACAAAAACAAAAAUCUGCGAGAAUAUCGAU